AUGGAAAAAAAGAGAAUAUAUACAUAUAAUUCACCAUGGGUAAUAUAUGGGUUAAGUUGGAGUAGUAGAGUGAAUAGACCAUUUAGGUUAGCAAUUGGAUCAUUUUUAGAAGAUUAUACAAAUAGAGUUGAUGUUAUACAAUUAAAUGAAGAAACUGAUCAAUUUGAAGUAGUAUGUGGAUUUGAACAUCCUUAUCCACCAACUAAAUGUAUGUGGAUACCUGAUAAAAAUUCAAAUAGACCUGACCUCUUAGCUACAACCGGUGAUUACCUUAGGCUGUGGGAAGUUGGUUCAAAUCAAAGAUCAAUUAAAUUAAAAAGCUUAUUAACAAAUGUAAUUAGUGAAUUUUGUGCACCAUUAUCUUCAUUUGAUUGGAAUGAAACAGAUCCUUCAUUAUUAGCAACUUCUUCUAUAGAUACAACUUGUACAAUUUGGAACAUAGAGACAGGACAAGCAAAAACACAAUUAAUAGCACACGAUAAAGAAGUAUUUGAUAUUGCAUUUGCAAGAGGAACAGAUUUAUUUGCAUCAGUAGGUGCAGAUGGGUCAUUAAGAAUGUUUGAUUUAAGAAAUUUGGAACACUCUACCAUUAUAUAUGAAACACCAUCAUUUGUACCAUUAUUAAGAUUAUGUUGGAAUAAACAAGAUCCAAAUUAUUUAGCAACUAUUCAACAAGAUAGUCCAAAAGUUAUUAUUUUAGAUAUUAGAGUACCUUCAGUACCUGCUGCUGAAUUGGUUUUUCACAAGAGUGCUGUAAAUGGUAUAUCUUGGGCACCUCAUUCAAGUUGUCACAUUUGUACAGUUUCUGAUGAUAAACAAGCAUUGAUUUGGGAUCUUUCUUCAAUGCCAAAACCAAUUGAAGAUCCACUUUUAACAUAUAAUGCUUUGGCAGAAAUAAAUCAACUUAGUUGGUCAUCUAGUCAACCUGAUUGGAUAGCGAUUGCAUUUAGUUCUCAUUUACAAAUAUUAAAAGUUUAA